AUGAAUCUGGGGAGAAAAGAAACCCUCUUCAAAAAUAAAGAAAUUGAAAAAGUAACUAAAACGACUGAGAAUUUGGAAUUUGAUAAUGAUUUAGUUAAAUCGAAUGAAUUGAUUGAUAAAAAUGAAGGUAACAAAGAUUCUUCAGAAAUGAACAUGAGAGACAAGGAUGAGGUUUGUGUCUCUCACAUCAUAAAGAUAAAGAAGAAACUUAAAGAAAAAUUUGGAUCUUACGUUCCUCAGCUAAGCGGAUCUCCAAAUUCUGUUAUCAAUUUUGGAGAAGAGAAACCCAAAAAAUCUAAUCUUGAAUGUUUUAUUGAAAAAUUUGUCAAACAUACUGAAAAAUCUCAGAAAGUCAUUCCUGAUGUUAAGAAAAGCAAUGAAAAUAAAAUAGCGUUUGAGAAUACAAAAGAGAUGGAACUUGAUAUGCCAGGUGCAAAAUUAAUGAAACUAAAAGAAAUGUUGAAAAUCAAGAUGGAGGAAAGAAAAGAAAUACUAUGUAAGAAAAGAAUGGAAACUUAUCAACUUGAAAAUGAAGAAGGAUUUGAAAAUGAUAGGUCUGAUGAAAGUGAAGCAGAAUUAACAGAUCAGACAGAUACUGAUGAAGAAAUAGCAGAUGAUGAAGGUACAGAUUCUGAAGAAGAACAAGAACUCAGUGGUGUAAAGUACAGAAAAAAGAAAAAGUCUGCUUUUGUGGAUGAUGAAGCUGAAGAUGAUGAUGAUGAUGGUGAUGACGAUGACGACAAUGAUGACAAUGAUGAAGAUGGUAACAAUGAUGACAACUGUUUUAAAAGUGACGAUGACUACAAUGAUAAUAGUGAUGAUUUACCAGAUUUAUAUGACCUUAUUAACUGUAAGAGCAGCUCUAAAGAAACUUGUUCUACCCAAUUGAAAAUUGAUGAAAAAACAAAAGAUUUGGAAAUUGGAAAUGAAAAUUCAACCUUUUGUUUCUUUGCAGAAACACCUUUAGAUUCUGGAACAUUAUAUUCAAAUUUUGGAGAUGAUCAGGAAGAGAAAUUAAUUGAAAAACCAAAAGAACAUGAUAUGGAUCCACCAAAUCCAAUUCAGAACAAUGAUAAUACCAUAAAUAUGGAUAAUAGCUUUGAGUUUGGUAGAUCUUUACCUCCUUAUCAACCUGGAGGUGGAUUCAAAUACAAUGGUUUUCAACGCCAUCAUAUUGAAAGUGAUUGUGAAGAUUGGUUCAAAAGUUCAUUGUUAAAUUCCCAAUACAAUAAACUUUUGGAAGAUAAUCCAGAGACAAAAGAAAAUGAAGUGACUGCUUCUAGUGAACAAAAAAGUGAAAUGCUACGUCUUGAUUCAGCUGAAGAUUUUUCUCACUUAGCUUUGUCAGACGAAGAAUCUCAGUAUGAAAAUAACUUAACAAAUAAAGGGAGAAUUCCUAAUGGUCUUCAAGAUAUUUUGGAUGGCAAUUCCUUGCCUAUUAAAAAAAAUGAUAUAUUAUCACUGUGCUCUGGUAGUUUUCCUGAUACUUUUGAAGGAAUGCUGAAUACAAAAGAAACUGAUGCUUCACAAACAAAUUCACAAAAUAUGCAAGAAUUAUUAGCUCUCUGUUCUGGAAAAUUUGAAAAUAGAAAUAAUUCUCGUAAAGAUAUAUGUGAAAGUGAGGAUAGUGAUUCAUCAGUGGAAAUUAAUUAUAAGAGAAAAAAGAAAAAGCAUUGGAAUAAAUUAGUGAUAUUUAUACCUUUAUUUAGUGGUGGAAUUAGAAAGGAAUUUAUUGAAGAUGAAGCAGAAUUAUCAGGAAGUGAUGCUAGUGAAGAUGAGAAAGAAGAGGAUGAUGAGGAUGACAAUGAUGAAUUUGAGGAAGUUAACUUGCUCUCUGAUGAGAAUUUAUCAGAAGAAGAAUUGAAAAAUCAAGUGGAACGACUACACCAUAAAGCAGUUUUGGACGAAGAUAAUCGAGAAUUAUUGUUGUUACAAGAGCGUUACUUACCUGAUGGAGAUUUGCAUAGCGAUGGUCAAGGAAGACAAAGAAAGUUUCGUUGGAAGAAUAUAGAUGACAAUCUUGCAAUAGAAAAUUCUGAUCAGAGCAGUGGCGAAGAUGAUGGAUUCGAAGAAAGUAAUGAAAUCUGGAGAAUAAAGAGAUAUGAAAGAGAAAAAUGGUUUCAAGAGCAACAGGUGCAAGAAUUAGGUUCAUCCUCUUCCCAGACUAAUUAG